AUGCGGCCUUUGUCUCAAUUAACAACAAUCUUGAGCAGUAUUUAUUGUGUUUUUGUGGUAACUUUAGGAGUCGUCAUUUAUAUUAGUGACAUUAUUUUACAAAACACAUCCAUAGCAGAGACUUUCAGUAUAUACCUUAUCCUGAUUGGAUUCUGUUAUGUGGUAUAUUUAUAUGUAGAUAUAAGAUUAUAUUUAAAUAAAGUCAAAUUGGUGGAGGUAACAAGGGCUUUUGAUCGAAGAUGUGAACACACUGCUGGUUUUACUACCCUUUUAUUUAAUACUUCUUCAACAUCUACAUGUUCUACGACAUCACCAACUUGUGAAUAUUUUUCACCACCGUCUAUAAAUUCUAUUCAAAAUUCAUCGUCUAUAUUAUCAUCUUUACAACAAUAUCAACAGCGACAUCAAAAACAUGAUUACUGUUUUGAUUCAGGUCGACAUUCGGGAAGUUUUUAUCUAAAAACUGGAGCUGCUGGUUUCUGUUUGGGUCAUUUAAUUCAUAGUGGAUUAUUGUUAGGAUAUCAAAUUGUACUUUUAACAAAAAAUGGCAACAACAUGAAAAAUACUGAUAAUAGUUAUUCAUGUGUGAAUAUUCCCACAGUUAUAUUGGAUAUUGUGUAUCCAGUUUAUUCAUUUUUACAAUUAUAUUUCAUAUUUAAGUAUUCAAAUGUGAUUAUAAAUCGUAACACUGAUUUGGCUCGAUUUGGAAUGAUGCAUUGUAUUGCAUCUAGCUUAUGUUUUUGGAUAUGGACAAUAUUACGUGAGACUAUGGAUUCAUUUACCCAUCACUAUUAUAAGAAUAAAAUGCAUGAAACAGCUGUAUCACAACGUCCUACGAGUGAUGAUCACUGUUUUAAUAAAUUUUUGGGUAUCAAUCAAAUUUACGAAAAUAUUUCUCCAUAUUUGUAUCCAUUUACUGUUGAAUAUAGUAUUUUGAUUGUUGGAGUUUUGUAUAUAAUAUGGAGGAAUAUUGGUUAUUGUAUUGAAAACCAAAAUGACUCAGACAGAAAAGGAUGUUCAAAUCCACCACCAUUGACUGCCGAAAAUGGAUUUACAAGUAAUUUAGUCAUACACGCUGACUGUCAUUCAUCAAAUAAAGGAUUAUUUGCUGGAAUUAUCAUUUUAGUCAGUUCUUUAAUUAGCAUCAUUCUAUUUUUUCUCGCAAUCUCAAAUGAGGAAUUUAUCGAUGAUGGAUUAUUUAUCAAUACAAUUACAGAAUUAAUUUUAUUGAUUUUGAUGACGAUUUCUGGUAUGGCUGCAUACAGGCAAAUAUCAAAAUUAGAUAUAAAUCCGCAUCCAAUAUCAUUACUAGAUGAUCUGUUACUAUUCAUUUGUAUACCAGCCUUCUUUUUAUAUGCUAUUUUUAGUAUUGUGCCGGCAGUUCGAGCUGGCAAUAUGAUAAAUAUCGUUAAUAUUAUGCUAAAUGUUUUACAAAUUUUAGUACAAACACCAUUUAUAAUUGAUGGACUGCGUCGAUGUAGUAAUUCACAACAAUUACGAUUAGAAAAACCUGGACGUGAAUUAAUUACAUUUUUAGUUGUAUGUAAUGUUGCAAUGUGGAUAAUUGAAACGUUCGAAGUUAAAUCGAAUGAUUUACAAGGUGACGCAUUCGAUUUUUAUGGACAAGUAUUAUGGACAAUUAUUAGUCAUCUAACAGUACCAUUAACAAUGUUUUAUCGAUUUCAUUCAUCGGUGUGUCUAGCUGACAUAUGGAAAUCAGCAUAUGAACCAGCAAAUCACUUAUAAUUCAAUUAAAAAUAUCUUGGUUUGUACAAAAAACCUUAUUGAUUAUGUUUCAUGUCGUUUAAAUAAAAACAGUUUUCAAAAAUA